AUGGAAGGAGAGUACUGUUGUACAUCAUCAAGUGCUUCAAGUUCAACUUCAACAGCAAGCCCAGAGAAGAGGAAGCAUAGCAGGCAACAAAACCAAGAGAAGCCAUAUAGAGGGAUAAGGAUGAGGAAGUGGGGUAAGUGGGUAGCUGAAAUUAGAGAACCAAACAAGAGGUCAAGGAUUUGGCUUGGGUCCUACUCAACACCAAUAGCUGCAGCUCGUGCAUAUGACACAGCCGUUUUCUAUCUGAGAGGGCCUUCUGCCAGGCUUAAUUUCCCUGAUUUGAUAUACCAAGAAGACGAGUUGCGUGACGUGUCUGCUGCUUCUAUACGCAAGAAAGCCACUGAAGUUGGGGCUAAAGUGGAUGCUUUACAAACAGCUCUCCAUGCAUCACCAGAAGAAUCAAAUCUUGUGUUUCUUUCAGAGAAACCUGAUUUGAACAAGUACCCAGAAAAUUCUGAUGAAGAGUGA